CAGUGACGCGAAAAAAGUGCGUCAUAGCAACGCAGCGCGGCUCCUUCACCCUGUGUGAAUGAAAUCAGAGCUGGCGAUGCCUGGAUUUGAUUUUCCAGCUAUUUUUAUUGUUUAAUCUGUGAAUGGCGCCUAAACAGGACCCUAAACCUAAAUUUCAAGAAGGUGAACGAGUGCUGUGCUUUCAUGGGCCAUUGCUAUAUGAAGCUAAGUGUGUAAAAAUCAAUAUCAAGGACAAACAAGUGAAAUACUUCAUUCAUUACAGCGGAUGGAAUAAAAACUGGGACGAAUGGGUUCCUGAAAGCCGUGUGCUCAAAUAUGUGGACAGUAACCUGCAGAAACAGAAAGAGCUUCAAAAGGCAAACCAAGACCAUUAUGUUGAGGGAAGGAUGAGGGGUGUCGCACCGAGCAAGAAGAUCGCUGCUGUGCAGCAAAAAAAUGUAGAUGUAAAAACCAAAAAGAACAAGCAAAAGACACCAGGAGCUGGAGAAGGUACCAGCACUGGGGACAUGCCUCACCCCCCACGCAAGAAAAGGGCACGUGUUGACCCAACUGUGGAGAGUGAGGAGACUUUCAUCAACAGAGUAGAGGUGAAGGUAAAAAUUCCUGAAGAGUUAAAACCAUGGCUGGUAGAUGACUGGGACCUGAUCACUAGACAGAAGCAGCUUUUCCACUUGCCUGCAAAAAAGAAUGUGGAUGCUAUCCUGGAGGACUAUGCAAAUUACAAGAAAUCAAGGGGCAAAGAAUGUGCCGUGAAUGAGGUGGUCGCUGGAAUUCGUGAGUACUUCAAUGUCAUGUUGGGCACACAGCUUCUCUACAAAUUUGAGAGGCCGCAGUAUGCAGAGAUCUUGGCAAAUCAUCCAGACACGUCUAUGUCUCAGAUCUACGGGGCAUCACACCUACUUAGGCUUUUUGUAAGAAUUGGUGCAAUGCUGGCUUACACACCUCUGGAUGAGAAGUGUCUAGCCCUACUUCUUAGCUACCUGCAGGAUUUUUUGAAGUAUUUGGUGAAGAAUUCAUCGUCGCUGUUCAAUGCCAGUGACUAUGAGGUUGCACCUCCAGAAUAUCACCGCAAAGCUGUCUGAGGGCAAAGCCAGUGAGGAUGUUUGGUGCUAUGUUCUGAUUACCAUUUUUUAUUAUUUUAUUUUUAAAUCCCUUUAUCAGUCUUCUGGAAGAUUUUAGUGCAUAAAACAUUAAACAUCAGUCAGUAAAAGCAGGUUCAUCAUUUGAUUGUGUAUAAUGUUUUUUUGUUUUUGUUUUUUAUCUGGAAUUCCAAAUAAUCUGAUAGGAUUCAGGAUUAAUACUAAAUCUCUUUGGAAAGCUGCUCUUAAUUGCUCCCACUUUAUUGAUGCAUAUGGUUUAUGUAAUAUUGAUAAACAGAACCUGGUCAUAUAUUAUUUAAAUUCUGCAUCAUUAUUUUUUUUUUUUUUUUUUUUUUAUAUAUAUAAACGUCUUUCAAUAAACUGUC